AUGGCGAAGGGCAACAGAAGAGACUUACUGGAAAGGAACGACAUAGAGGUGAGGGAGAGGGACAAGUACACCGUCCACACCCUCGGCAAGAAGAAGAAUUCCGUGGCGGUGGCGUUCGUAAAGGCGGGGAAGGGCGACAUCCUCGUCAACAACGUCCCGCUUGCUCUUGUGAGGCCAGAGAUCCUUCGCACAAAGGUCUCGGAGCCCAUCAUGAUCCUCGGCGAGAGCCUCUUCAAGGGACUCGACAUGAAUAUUAAAGUCGCUGGAGGGGGGCACGUGUCCCAGAUCUAUGCAGUCCGCCAAGCAAUCUCCAGGGGCGUCCUUGCGUCUGUCAAGGACGAGGCAGCCCGUUCAGAACUCCGCGCCAAGCUUGUGAGCUACGACCGCCAGCUUGUGGUCUCCGAUCCCCGCAGGUGUGAGGCAAAGAAGUUUGGUGGCCGUGGUGCUCGUGCCCGUCGCCAGAAGUCGUACCGUUAA